UUUAUAAAUCCCACAAAAGCCAAACAGUAGCUAGUGACUGCUUGUAGUGCUGCUGUGUAGAAAUUAUGUGUAUGGAGGGAUAACUUUUCUUCUAGCCAAAAGACUGUGCAGGAGUAAAGCAACAAUAUCUCAUGUCCUCUGUGGAUCAGGACUAUUCUGGACCAUUUUUUUUCCUGGUAGCUCAUUCUAUAUUUUCACUUUCUGUUUUAGUGACUGUUUUCUGUUAUCUGUUCUAAAAGGAUGGCAGAAUGGACUGCAGUGUAUCAGGAAGGAUGGAUUGGACUGAAGAGAGGAAGAAGCAAUCUCUUGUCUGAGAAAAUUGAAAGAAAAUGUCUGUGGUACUAGGAAGAUAACUUGAUAACAUGAGUAAUAUAGACAGAGGUAUUGAAGUUCUGACCAUCAGAGUGAGAUGAAAGGCCAGCUGUAGAAUCAGCCAAAGGAAAAUAUGCUCACAUGCUGUUUAAUGAACUGUUUGAAGACUACUCCAAUGCUCUGAGACCAGUGGAAGACACAGAUAAAGUACUGAAUGUCACCCUUCAGAUCACAUUGUCCCAAAUUAAAGACAUGGAUGAAAGGAACCAAAUUUUGUCAGCUUACUUAUGGAUUCGACAAAGCUGGUAUGAUGCAUACCUCAGAUGGGACAAAGAUAAAUAUGAUGGGUUGGAUUCUAUCAGGAUUCCAAGCAAUUUGGUUUGGAGACCAGAUAUUGUCCUAUAUAACAAGGCUGAUGAUGACUUUUCAGAACCAGUAAAUACAAAUGUAGUGCUCAGAUAUGAUGGAAAAAUCACUUGGGAUGCACCUGCUAUCACAAAGAGCUCUUGUGUAGUGGAUGUGUCAUAUUUUCCUUUUGACAGCCAGCAGUGCAACCUUACCUUUGGGUCCUGGACCUAUAAUGGUAAUCAGGUAGACCUCAUCAAUUCUCUUGAUAGUGGUGACCUCUCUGACUUCAUAGAAGAUGUGGAAUGGGAGAUUCAUGGUAUGCCAGCAGUUAAGAAUGUUAUCACUUAUGGCUGCUGCUCUGAGCCUUAUCCAGAUGUGACCUUCACGCUGAUUUUGAAAAGGAAGUCCUCUUUCUACAUAUUUAAUCUGUUGCUUCCCUGCAUUUUGAUCUCUUUCCUGGCCCCACUGGGAUUCUAUCUCCCUGCAGACUCUGGUGAGAAAGUGUCUCUGGGUGUUACAGUUCUUCUUGCUCUGACUGUGUUCCAGCUGAUGGUUGCAGAGAUCAUGCCCCCAUCUGAAAAUGUACCUUUGAUAGGGAAGUACUACAUAGCAACUAUGACCAUGAUCACAGCUUCCACUGCAUUGACAAUCAUUAUAAUGAAUCUCCAUCAUUGUGGCUCAGAAGCAAAGCCUGUUCCACAGUGGGCCAAGGUGGUUAUUUUGGACUAUAUGUCAAAAAUCUUUUUUGUUUAUGAUGUGGGUGAAAAUUGCACAAGUCCAAAAAGAGAGAAGGAAGAAGAAUGUAGGUUAGAGGGGGAUGAUGGGUGUCAGAGGAAGCACAAAGAGUUAAGGAGUCCUCUUUCCACUAGGAAUGAUGACUACAAUCUCAAGGAGAAGCUCAAUGGAAAUUGGAAUAAAAGUUAUGGAGUUCAUGGUGAAAAUGUUAAUUGCUGUUCAUGUUACAAAAUGCUAAUUAAAAAUAUUGAGUAUAUUGCUAAUUGUGUUAGAGACCAUAAAGCUAACCGGGCCAAAGGGAUUGAGUGGAAAAAAGUUGCAAAAGUGAUGGACAGGUUUUUCAUGUGGAUUUUCUUUAUCAUGGUGUUUUUUAUGAGUGUGCUGAUCAUUGGGAAAGCUGCUUAACUGAAAAUUAAUAUGUUCCUUUUGUAAAUCUAAAUAUUCUAUGUUAGUUUGUUUAGGAAGAGUUCUGUGAUAGGGGUGCUUUUGAGAUCUUUGUCUUGCAUUCUAUAACAAUAAACAAAUUGAUUCUGUAAGCUGUGACAGUGAGUUGAGACAUUGGAAAACUGAGGACUUUGCUGGAAACUGUCCUUGCCUUUUAGUGUGGGUGUGCUGACAAGGUUGCAGGACAAGCAGUCAGUGUUCCACCUUGGUGGGUGGUGGCCUUGGGCCAUGACUUCAGGCUGUCUGGGCCAGAAUAUUGCAGCAGUGGAGCAGACAGCCUAGCAGGGAGUUGUGUAUUCACAGAGCUGCAUCUCUGCACCUUGCAAUUUGAUCAGCCCUUUCUCUCUUCCAGGCAAAAAAAAA